CAAAAAUAUUAUCAAGCAAAGACCGAUUAUAAUGUCACGACGACGCAAAUGCAAAGGGAGCUUGACGCAUUGCGAAGCUUGAAGGAUACUUACGUCAUCAAAACUCGAGAGUUGGAACUCGACAACGAUGAUCUGGAACGAGUUGAAAGAGCGGCAAAGAGUUCGCUACAAGACUUGGAAAAUAAGUACAACAAGGCUAUUGAGCGAAAUGCCAUUCUAGAGAAUGAGUUGGAAGGCAAAACCCAAUUAAUCGUUCAAGUACAACGACUGAAGGACGAGCUAAGAGAUGUUAACAUAGAGUUGGCUAUAAUGAGGAACAAGGAAGAUGGCGAGUUUGGUCCACCACCAACUUCGACGAUACAGAGACCGUCGGCGAAGCGAGAGAUGUACACCGGUCGUCCGCCGUCCAUCAAGUCAGUGGACUCCGCAGAUGCAGCUGCAAAUCCAGUAAAGAUGGUUCAAGAGAUGGUUGGCAGGGUCAAGUCUCUCGAAGCCCGUCUUGUAUCCUGUCGUUCUCUUGUCACACCGCUUCUGGCACCUCCACCUUCAUAUUCAGCAAACCCAGGUCAUAUGUCACCGCCGCAAUCACCGAAAUAUGCUCGUGGUGAAUCACCGGUUCGCAUUUCACUGAAGUCUCGAACUCCCUCGUAUCAAAAAUCAAAAGA